UCCGGCGCGCCGCCAUGGACGGGCCCGUCUGCGCCGGCCCCGAGUCGCCCGGCGACAACGCCUUCUCGACCUUCUACGAUGGCCUGUGCGCGGAGCUGCGGGCGCUCGGUGUCGAGGCGUACCGCGCCGAGUUCGACGCGCUCGACACGGACCGCGAGCGGGUGGAGGCGGUGCUGCGGCUGCAGGCGGCCGCGCGCCUGCGCCUGCCCGCCGCCGGCGCCACCGGCAAAAGCGAGGAACAGGCGCGCCGCUUCCUCGAGAUGGCAAUGAACUGCACCGACUCGCAGCGCAAGCUUGUGCUGUGCAACACGGCGCUGCAGCACUGUCCGCUGGAGCUGGCGCAGCCGGCCCGGCUCAAGGACGGCUGCGUGCGCGACCUCUACCUGGCCGUGGCCAUCAACCGACUGUGGACGCUUUACGAGCUGGGCAAGCUGGCGAGCGGGCUGGCUGAAGCCGAGCGGCUGCUGGCCGAGCCGGCGCUGGUCGCUGCCGUUGAGACGCACGUGCAGCUCCUGGUGGAGCGGGCCCGCUUCCAGACGGCGCUGGCGCGGCGCGACGAGGCAGAGGCGAGCGUGCGUCAGGCGCUGCAGAUCGUGCGCCAGCUGGACCGCCAGCAGCAGGCCAUGUACGCCGUGGAGCUGGGCACCAUCCGCAAGCGGCUGGCCGGCGGCGAGGAGGCCGCCGAGGACGUCUCGCAGCCGCCGGCGCCGGAAACGCCGCGUCUCUUCGGCGGCCCGCACCCGCGGCUGCGGCGGGUGUCGGCCGCCCUGGACCUGGCCGUCGACGAUCGGCGCGGACGCAUGCUGGUCGCCAACACAGACAUUCCGCCAGGCUCGGCGCUGAUCGCGGACGAGCCGUUCGCCUGGUCGCUGCACCCGCCUCGCUGGGUCACCCACUGCCAGAACUGCUGCCGGCCGGCCGACUGCCCGCUGCCCUGUCCCGACUGCGCAUCGGUGCUAUUCUGCAGCGAGUCCUGCCGCUCCGAGGCGCUGCACCUUUUCCACGGCACAGAGUGCGGCGUGCUCGAUCUGCUGAUCGACCCCAACUUGGGCCGCAUGGCGCUGCUCGUGUUCCGCGUGCUGGCGCGCGCCGGUCCCGACACCCUGCGCCUCCACUUCGAGCCGCCGGCACCGCCGGCGCCCGACGCGCCGCACGACUCGCUCAGCUACGCCGCCGUGUACAGCCAGGUGACCAACACAGCCGACCGGCCCAUGGGCGACGUGGUGAAGCGGUGUGCCGUGGCGCUCUACCUGACCGCCUGCCUGGAACGGACCGGCGCGGUGGCGGCCGCCGAGCGCGCGCCCACGGCCGCGCUGGCCCUGCGCCACCUGCAGAGCUGCUCUUGCAACGCGUACGAGGUGACCGAGCUGCGGCUGGCCGGCGGCGGCGUGCGGCUGGCCGAGUUCGAGGAGCUGGGCGGCGCCGUUUACGCGGCCGUCAGCCUGGCAAACCACAGCUGCUUCCCGAACGCGGUGCGCGCCAGCCAUGGCCGCCGCCUGGCCGUCACCAGCACGCGGCCGCUGCGCGCCGGCGACGAGCUGCUCGACAACUACGGCUUCCACUUCCACGAGGAGGACGAAACUAGCCGGUACGCGGCGCUGCGUCGCCAGUACCAAUUCGCCUGCGAGUGCGCCGCCUGCGAGCAGGGCUGGCCGCUGUACGCCGAGCUGACCGUGCAGCGCCAGAGUCUGCUGGCGCGCUGCAUCCAGAGCGGCGGCAACGUGCGCAGCGAGUGA